AUGUCUCAAAAGCACUUACCGCCGCCCCAAAGUCCAACCGCCGCCCCAAAGUCCAACCGCCGCCCCAAAGUCCAACCGCCGCCCCAAAGUCCAACCGCCGCCCCAAAGUCCAACCGCCGCCCCAAAGUCCAACCGCCGCCCCAAAGUCCAACCGCCGCCCCAAAGUCCAACCGCCGCCCCAAAGUCCAACCGCCGCCCCAAAGUCCAACCGCCGCCCCAAAGUCCAACCGCCGCCCCAAAGUCCAACCGCCGCCCCAAAGUCCAACCGCCGCCCCAAAGUCCAACCGCCGCCCCAAAGUCCAACCGCCGCCCCAAAGUCCAACCGCCGCCCCAAAGUCCAACCGCCGCCCCAAAGUCCAACCGCCGCCCCAAAGUCCAACCGCCGCCCCAAAGUCCAACCGCCGCCCCAAAGUCCAACCGCCGCCCCAAAGUCCAACCGCCGCCCCAAAGUCCAACCGCCGCCCCAAAGUCCAACCGCCGCCCCAAAGUCGCAGGAAUGGGAUCCUAGCUAGCAAACCUACCCACCCACCCUUUUAA